AUGGAGGAAACUCUUAAAGAGCAGGACGUUUGGGCUCUCAACGAGUCCUGGAGAAACGUGAGCUUCGGCAACGACACAGAUGGCGCCAAUCAAACGGUGAAUCCCUUGAAGCGCAAUGAGGAGGUGGCCAAAGUGGAGGUCACUGUGCUGGCCCUGGUCUUGUUCUUAGCUCUCGCCGGGAACCUGUGCGUGCUGUUCGCCAUUCACACGGCCAAGCAUGGCCAGUCUCGCAUGUACUACUUCAUGAAGCACCUAAGCAUCGCCGACCUGGUGGUGGCAAUCUUCCAGGUGCUGCCUCAGCUCAUUUGGGACAUCACCUUCCGCUUUUACGGGCCCGAUUUGUUGUGCAGACUUGUGAAGUACCUCCAAAUUGUCGGCAUGUUCGCCUCGACCUACAUGCUCGUGCUGAUGUCCAUAGAUAGGUGCCUGGCCAUCUGUCAGCCGCUGCGCUCCUUGCACAAGCGGAAAGACCGCUGCUACGUGGUGUUGUCCUGGGUGCUCAGCUUGUUUUUCAGCAUCCCGCAGGUGUACAUUUUCUCUCUCCGGGAGGUCGGAUCUGGAGUUUACGACUGCUGGGGCGAUUUUGUGCAGCCGUGGGGCGCCAAAGCCUACAUCACCUGGAUCAGCCUCACAGUCUACAUCAUUCCUGUGGCUAUCCUGAGCGUUUGCUACGGUCUCAUAAGCUUCAAGAUCUGGCAGAACUUUAAGCUGAAGACCAAGCGUGAGCAGCAGGUCGUCACUCUGACUCCCACGGCCACUCGGAACCGUGCGCUUUUGGCGCGCGUCAGCAGCGUCAGGCUCAUCUCCAAGGCCAAGAUCACCACCGUCAAAAUGACGUUCGUCAUCGUGCUGGCGUACAUCGUGUGCUGGACGCCGUUUUUCUUCGUGCAGAUGUGGUCGGCGUGGGAUCCAGCUGCGCCCCGGGAGGCAAUGCCCUUCAUCAUCUCCAUGCUGUUGGCCAGUUUAAACAGCUGUUGUAACCCCUGGAUCUACAUGUGCUUUGCUGGACACCUGUUCCAUGACCUGAAGCAGACCUUUCUGUGCUGUCCGGCACGCUACCUGAAGUCCUCUCAGUGCCGCUAUGAUCUGGAGCACAACUCGAGCCGCAAGAGCAACUCCUCUACUUACGUCAUGAAGAGCACAGGCAGCCAGAGAAGCAUUACCCAGACAUUGUCCACAUAAACUUUAAUGUUUAUCCCACAUGAAGACUGGGCAUAGACUCACACUGAAUGGAACAGUGAUGUGCACAGAUGGUUGUAAACACAUUGAGAGGAACCUAAUGAAGCUCACUUUUGGACACUGUUGGAAGCUCUAUCGCUGUGAUUAUUCCUGGACAGAAAAAAAAAAAAAUACCACAAUCAGAAUGAGAAAAGGGUGAUUUUAAUGUCAUAGCAGAUGGCACGCUACUACAGUAUAAAUGCAGCCAAGAAAACGCCUGGCUGCAGACUUU